UCACGCCCCAACUAUUUUCUUCUCUGGAUCGAUCAGUACUUGAUUUAUACUUACAACCCCUUUCUCCCUCCGUCUUCUCUUCUCUCUUCUCUCUUCUCUCUUCUACACACACAAAACCGCAGAAAUUCGUGUGACUUCUAUCAGUUUGUCUCCGAUUAACCGAUCGUUCGGCGCUAAUUUGCUCUCCAUGACUCUCCUCACCCCUCCGCCAAUCGAUCAGACAGAGGAUGACGAAAUGCUGGUGCCCCAUGCUGAUUUUGCGCCUGAAGGGCCUCAACCCAUGGAAGUUGCCUCUGGGGAACCGCCAAAUACAGUGGAGACGCAAGCAGUUGAUGAUCCACCAUCAGCACGGUUUACGUGGACGAUUGAGAACUUUUCAAAGUUGAAUGUGAAAAAACAGUAUUCUGAAGUUUUCCUUGUGGGAGGAUAUAAAUGGCGAGUGCUUAUAUUUCCGAAAGGGAACAAUGUUGACCAUUUGUCAAUGUAUCUAGAUGUUGCAGACUCUGGAAAUCUACCUUAUGGUUGGAGCAGAUAUGCACAGUUCAGUUUGUCAGUUGUCAAUCAAAUUCAGAACAAAUAUACAAUAAGGAAAGAUACACAACAUCAGUUCAAUUCUAGAGAAAGUGAUUGGGGAUUCACCUCAUUCAUGCCUCUUAGUGAACUUUAUGAUCCUGGUCGAGGUUAUCUUGUGAAUGAUACAUGUAUAGUUGAGGCUGACGUUGCCGUUCGCAGAGUUGUUGAUUAUUGGUCACACGACUCAAAAAAAGAGACAGGUUAUGUCGGCCUCAAGAAUCAGGGUGCUACGUGUUAUAUGAACUCUCUCCUCCAGACAUUAUACCAUAUUCCAUAUUUCAGAAAGGCUGUAUACCACAUGCCGACCACAGAAAAUGAUAACCCAUCUGGAAGCAUCCCUUUGGCUCUGCAGAGUUUAUUCUAUAAGCUGCAGUACAGUGAUACAAGUGUAGCAACUAAGGAGUUGACAAAGUCUUUUGGUUGGGAUACAUAUGAUUCUUUUAUGCAGCAUGAUGUUCAAGAACUGAACAGAGUCCUUUGUGAAAAACUUGAAGACAAAAUGAAAGGAACAGUGGUAGAGGGCACAAUACAACAGUUAUUUGAAGGGCACCAUAUGAACUACAUAGAAUGUAUUAAUGUGGACUACAAAUCAACAAGAAAGGAAUCAUUUUAUGAUCUGCAGCUUGACGUCAAAGGCUGUAAAGAUAUCUAUGCUUCUUUUGACAAAUAUGUCGAAGUGGAACGUCUUGAGGGUGACAACAAGUAUCAUGCUGAACAAUAUGGAUUGCAGGAUGCUAGGAAGGGUGUCCUUUUCAUUGACUUCCCUCCUGUUCUUCAGCUUCAGUUAAAAAGAUUUGAAUAUGAUUUUGUUCGCGAUACUAUGGUUAAGAUAAAUGAUCGAUAUGAGUUCCCUUUGCAACUUGAUCUUGAUAGAGAGAAUGGAAAAUAUUUAUCUCCUGAGGCAGAUAGGAGUGUUCGCAACCUAUACACUCUUCAUAGUGUUCUGGUUCAUAGUGGUGGAGUUCAUGGUGGACAUUAUUAUGCUUAUAUCAGGCCAACCCUUUCUGAUCAAUGGCUAAAAUUUGAUGAUGAACGUGUAACCAAAGAAGACAUGAAGAGGGCACUGGAAGAGCAAUAUGGUGGUGAAGAAGAGCUACCGCAGACAAACCCUGGAUUCAACAAUUCACCAUUCAAAUUUACAAAAUAUUCAAAUGCCUACAUGCUUGUUUAUAUACGUGAAAGCGACAAGGAGAAAAUAAUUUGCAAUGUGGAUGAGAAGGACAUAGCAGAACAUCUAAGGAUACGGUUAAAGAAAGAGCAGGAAGAGAAGGAGCAAAAGAGAAAGGAAAAAGCUGAGGCACAUCUGUACACAAUUAUCAAGGUUGCUCGUGAUGAGGACCUAGUUGAACAAAUUGGAAAGGAGAUACAUUUUGAUCUUGUGGAUCAUGAAAAAGUUCGCCAUUUUCGUAUUCAGAAGCAGUUACCUUUUAAUACUUUUAAGGAAGAAGUUGCCAAGGAGUUUGGAAUACCUGUGCAAUUUCAACGCUUCUGGUUAUGGGCAAAGCGGCAAAAUCAUACAUACCGUCCAAAUCGGCCACUAACACCUCAAGAGGAAGCUCAGUCUGUUGGUCAAUUAAGAGAAGUAUCCAACAAAGCAAAUAAUGCUGAGCUAAAGUUGUUUUUGGAAGUAGAACUUGGAUUAGAUAUGCAGCCUAUUCCUCCACUGGAGAAGACUAAGGAGGAUAUUCUUUUGUUUUUCAAACUUUAUGAUCCAAUUGAGGAGAAACUGCGGUAUGUUGGACGGCUUUUUGUAAAAGGCAAUGGCAAGCCAAUGGAGAUAUUGAAAAAGCUUAAUGAAAUGGCAGGCUUUGCUCCUGACGAAGAAAUUGAACUCUUUGAGGUGAACUCUUCCCUGUUUUGUCGAAAAUUAGAAGUUCUGAAAGUUUCCACCAUUUCUUACCCCUACAUUUAUCUGCAGGAAAUUAAGUUUGAACCUAGUGUCAUGUGUGAACACAUCGAUAAGAAGCUUAGCUUUCGUGGCAGUCAGCUUGAAGAUGGGGAUAUCAUUUGUUUCCAAAAAUGCCCUCAAGGUCAGAACAGUGAAGAGUGCCGAUAUCCUACCGUCCCUGCAUUUUUGGAUUAUGUGCAUAAUCGCCAGGUGGUUCGCUUCCGUUCACUGGAGAAGCCGAAGGAAGAUGAAUUUUGUCUAGAACUGUCAAAACAUAACAACUAUGAUGAAGUUGUUGAAAGUGUUGCCCGCCAUCUUGGCUUGGAUGAUCCAUCUAAAAUACGGCUUACUUCUCAUAACUGCUAUUCGCAGCAACCAAAGCCUCAACCUAUUAAGUACCGAGGAGCUGAACGACUUACAGACAUGCUUGUUCACUACAACCAGAUUUCGGAUAUAUUAUACUAUGAGGUAUUGGAUAUCCCUUUACCUGAACUGCAAGGCCUUAAAACUCUAAAAGUCGCUUUCCAUCAUGCCACCAAAGACGAAGUUGUCAUUCAUACCAUCAGGUUACCGAAACAGAGCACUGUAGGGGACGUCAUUAGUGAUCUCAAGACUAAGGUAGAGUUAUCUCAUCCAGAUGCAGAACUGAGAUUGCUGGAGGUUUUCUAUCAUAAGAUAUAUAAGAUUUUCCCGCAGCAAGAAAAGAUUGAGAACAUAAAUGAUCAAUACUGGACAUUGCGUGCAGAGGAGAUUCCUGAAGAGGAGAAAAACCUUGGGCCUCAUGAUCGCUUGAUCCAUGUGUACCAUUUUAUGAAAGAUACUGCUCAGAAUCAAGUUCAGGUGCAAAAUUUUGGAGAUCCCUUUUUCUUGGUCAUUCACGAGGGCGAGACUCUGACUGAAGUUAAAAAGCGAAUACAAAAAAAGUUGCAUGUUCCAGAUGAGGAGUUCUCCAAGUGGAAAUUUGCAUUUUUGUCUUUGGGUCGGCCCGAGUAUCUUCAAGAUUCGGACAUUGUAUCCAGUCGCUUUCAGAGAAGAGAUGUUUAUGGUGCUUGGGAGCAGUACCUUGGACUAGAGCACUCUGACAAUGCUCCAAAACGAUCGUAUGCAGCCAACCAGAAUCGGCACACAUUUGAGAAGCCUGUUAGAAUCUACAAUUAGUACAUAGAGACUGAUGCAUCAUAUGUCCAACAAGCUCCAGCAGUUAAUUUGUAGCAAAAAGUGCAAUAGAAUUGAUCUGAGGGCCGAGUUGAUGUAUGUGUCAAAAGCGGUUUGGUACGUUUGUGGUUUUACAGCGCAUGGCAUGGAGCGUUUUUCAGCCUGUCCAUAUUUCUAAAUCAACGAGGUUUUGCCUCUAUACCUAUACUUUCUUGAGGGUUCAUAGGUAACAUUUCCAUCUUGAUUUUCAUUGUAAUUAGAGAUGCAUAAGGUUUUGGGUGGGGAUGUAUAGCGGGUAUAGCUUGUGUUUUUGACUUUUCCUUUCUCGCCCCCCCUCUCCCCCUCGAAUUUGGUGAUACUUAGGUGAAUAUUGAUGGGAGCUAAUGUACAAUGUUUGAUCUUUACAUAGAGCUAUCAUUGGUAAGUCACUCAUUCAGUGUGGAGUGGCGCUUCUUCUGUUUAGUUCCAUAAAUCCUAUAUACAGAUUCAGAGUUAUAUGGCAAAGCUGCAUGAUUUUUUGAAACAAA